AUGGGCGAAAUCAGCGUCCAGGCAUCGAGGCCCUCGCCGCCGUCGGGGAAGGUCGACACUAUCACAGACCGCGACAGCCAAGCAUCGUCCGAAGAACCCAUUCCGAUCUUUGAAUCUCCUCCACGUCGUUCAAGCACGAGUCCUCCCGAUACUGUGACUGAAGAUGGCACCACAUACGUGUACCUAACAUUUGACACUCCCAUCCCAUUCGACGAGUUCUCGUCUGGCGCACCUUCAAUACCUCCGCCAAAUCUCAAAAAUUAUGAAUCACCACUCACCUGGUCCUCGACGCACAAGACCAUCAUCUUGAUAUUGUCAUGUGGCUGUACCUUUCUUGCUGCGUACAGUGCUGGAUCUUAUUCCAUUGCCGCCGAGCCUCAACGUGCCAAAUGGCAUCUGUCUGAAGUCGCCUUCAGCACCGGCGUCACGACAUGGGCAACAGGCUUCGCUGUGUCUCCCAUGUUCCUGGCGCCAUUUUCGGAAAUCAACGGUCGGCGACCCGUCUUUAUUGGUUCAGCAGUCAUGUUUCUGGCUGCUCUCAUUGCUUGUGCGACCACUCCAACCUUCGGCGGAAUGCUGGUAGCUCGAUUCUUCGUCGGUGCCGGGGCCAGCACCUUUGCGACCAUGGUUGGAGGAGUCGUGUCUGACCUGUAUCAUGCUGAACAUCGGAACACGCCAAUGGCUGCAUACAGUGGCGCCGCACUCGCAGGAACUGGAAUGGGCCCGCUUCUGUCCGGCUUCAUUGUCGGUCGCGCGAGUUUCCGUUGGGUCUAUUAUCAUCAGAUCAUUGGCCUGGCGAUCAUGCUGGUCGUGGUGUACCUCUUCUUCAAAGAGACGCGGGGCUCUGUGCUCCUCAGUCGCCGAGCCAAAGUAUUGAAUACAUACCUCGAUAAGCUCGAGACGCAGUCGGCCACCACUUCUGGUGAGAAACCAAGCACACAAGUCCGUGUCCGCUACAGAGUCGCAGCGGACGAGAGUCGGUCCUCGCUUGGUCGCAUGUUGUACCUGUCGCUGACCCUUCCCUUCAAGCUCCUUACCACAGAGCCCGUGGUCUUUUUCUUUUCGUUGUGGGUUGCCUUUGCCUGGGCCCUGUUGUAUAUGACAUUCUCGGUGAUCCCUUUGGUUUUCCAGACCCGCCACAACUUCAACGUCGAGCAGAGUGGAGCGGUUUUCGCCGCCAUUUCGAUCGGCUCCGUGCUGGCCACCCUGCUGUCCAUCUAUCAGGAGAGACUCGCGAAGAAGAGAUGGCCCAAACUCAACAACAGUCCGGAGGGAAGACUGUAUUUCCCUUGUCUCGAGGGGGCACUUCUUCCCAUUGGCCUCUUUUGGUUCGGAUGGACGACGAAUUCUUCCAUUCCAUGGAUAUCGCCGGUGCUCGCCAUUGGAUGUGCACAGAUGGGUAUCUUCGUCAUUUAUCUCGCCGUCUUCAACUAUCUGGCUGACGUCUACCAUCGAUAUGCAUCGUCGGCAUUGGCAGCCCAGAGUUUCAUGCGGAAUAUUUUUGCCGCAAUUUUCCCACUUUUCACAAACCAAAUGUUCAACAACCUGGACUACCCGCCUGCAGCCAGCUUGCUGGGAGGCAUUGCCGCCCUGUUGACGGUGGUGCCCUGGGUGCUGUUGUUCAACGGCGAGAAGAUCCGCGCGCGCAGUAAGAUCGCGAGGCAGAUCAUGUCAACACCGGGGUCUUGA